CAUUUCAUUAUUAGUCCACGUGGUUUUACAGUUUGCUAAUAAUAGUAGUUGUUUAAUAAUAAUAAUUAUAAUAUAUUAUAAUAAUAAAGGCAUUUGUUUGCAGGUUGCCAUGGCAACAGCUCCCCGAGCGCGUGACCGAGCCGAGAGCAUGGCUCCAGGUAAGCGUUGGACGGGACGGCUGCUUCAUCAGACUACGUUCUCUCUGGGAGAUCAGACGCCGUGUUACUCCACCACACACGCCAAGAGUUUCUCUGGCAGGAGAUACGACGGCCAGCCGCUGAUCUUCCACCUGAGUGAUCCGCCUUAUCCGUCACAGCAUCUCCGCGGCCUGGACCUCAGGAACGUCUCUGAAGGUCCCUCGUUCUCAUCCACGCACUCCAGAGACGUCCACAGUCCCAAAGAAGUCACACCGCACGACGUCCUGCGCAGUCUGAGGAACAGGAACUGGACGCGGAACCGUGAUGGUCUGGCGAUGAAGGAAGUGACCAACCCUCCUGAAGGCACCCAGUACAGGAGCUCGUACAGCUCAGAUCACUGUGGUGCCGAGCUCAGCGGGCAGUUUGGGCACGCGUCCGGUCGACCCACGCUCUGGCACCGACACGACAUCCUCACAGGAGAGGAGAGACCACCAGCAGGUCCCGGACAGCCAAAGAUCUUCUCAGUGGAGAGGGAGGUGUCUGACACACGGCGCUGGGAGAGAGAAUGCACCUCACUACGGCUCUACUGAACCACCCCGAGCUCGCACCAUGCUUUUAAUCACUCGGCACUACGGCUCGGCCCCAACACCUCACGAUUCAUUUCCUGUAGCGAGUCGAUUCAGAGUCAGUUGGAGAUCAGGUCGCGGCUCACUUUGAGGCUUCCUGAGAACUCGCCAUCGUUCUGAUCAGACACACUCGACACGACGUUCAACACUUUUCAGAUAAAUCAAGAACGAAGUUUCUGAAUAACUGUAAAAAACCUGACUUCCUUAUUAAACUGUACGAAAGUGAACGCAAAUGAUGAGUGAAGAUUAAACUCAAAAACAGAACUGACCUGAAAGCAGUUUUCAUUUCCAGUUCUUUAUAAUCAUAAACCUUUAAUUAUUUUAAUAAAUUAAUCUUUUUAAGGAUAUGAUCAGUGAACAUGUGUGAACUGUGUGUGUGUGUGUGUGUGUGUGUGUGUGUGUGUGUGGAGCGUUGUGUUAAUUUAAACAGAAAUCUGAUCAUCUCUUCAGGAAAUCUGAUGACACAAAUGACAUCACGAAAUAUUACCACUCAUCACUAAGUGGAGGAGGGGCUUUCCAAUUUCACUCCAAAUACUGAUAAACUGAAGAGUUUUAUAAAUUUUGAUGUGAUAAAAGAAUAAAGAAGUUCUGCAGCGUGACUAAGCACAUUAAACUAUUUAAAUAAUGAAUAUAACAGUAAAAUGUUUAAUAUGUUUUUUAUAUUAAUGAACAAAGAUGUCCUGGGGGGGUCUCGCUGUAACUUUGUGACAUCACAACCACAACUGUACAUGGCCACGCCCCCAGAUCAGAUUUAUACUCUGUAACAAAGACUCCUUAAGGCGAGUAAAAUACACAUUCUGUGUCUGUAGUAAUUAUUAUAACGAGUGGAGUCACAUGGUUUAAAGUCAGGUAUCAGACUAACGUGUAUCCGGCGCUCGCGGCUGUGUAGCGCUGGGUCACGCGGAGGCUAUUUUGGGACACGCGGCUCCGUUUUCUUGCCCUACAUACCGCGACCUCUUUUACUCAACACACACACAUACACAGAGCGAGACAGCCUUUUAAACUCCAAACACACCCUCCAUGCUAUGAGCUUGUUUAUCUGUGUGUUUACGCCGAGAUAAAUGAUCAGAAGUCUUUAAUGUGACAAUGUUUUUUUUUUAGAUUCAGUUCUACGGGACAGAAAAGAAAUAAAACUGACAUUAAACAUAAUCUCAAGAAUCAAAGACCAUAUAAAUAAUAAAGACAAAUACGUCUCAUUUCACACAAAGGGAAGACUUUGAUCUAUAAAGAAGAAAGUACGGUAAGUUUAGAUCUUAUUAGAGCUGCAUGAUUUGAUGAUAAAAAAAAAAAAACAUCACAUUACAAUUAUUUAGACAAAUAUUGCGGUUUAAUCUGCACUACCAUUUUUUAUUCAAAUGUAUAUAUCAAAAAUAACAGAUAAGCAAGACGAUGUUUCACGUCCGACGUAUUAAAUAUAAAUCCUCUUCAUAAACCCCUGAUUGUUUACAUCACCUGUAAUAAACUGCAGCCUGUUAUAAUUAUAUAAUUGCACGGGUACGUAUCGUGAUUUUAAUCUUCAUGUGAUUAAUCGUGCAGCUCUACCGCACUCACUGACGUUCAUUAUUUUGUAGACAGGAAAUAAAAACACACUUAACGCAUCCUCUGUAUCGUAGAGAAACGUGUUAGAUUAAUGUGAUCAUCGCACAUGAUGAGGCUCAGUGACGCGGGUCAC